AGAGUGUCCGUCAAAAUUAGAAUGUCAAAUUGACAAUUUGGUAUUUAUUAUGUAUCAAUUCUUUUUGUCAAAGAGUGUCUAAUAUUUAUAUAUAAUAUCUGAAUAAACUUUGUAAGUUGUUCAAACAUAAAGGUUUUUUAGUAAACAAUGGUCAAGGCUUGGUUUAUGGAUAACGACUCAAGCGAUCAGCGCUUAGAACAUCACAGGAAUCCGCCUGAAUUCAUAUCAAUAGGAGAAUUGUUCAAGAAAACUGGAGUCGAAUAUUUUAACAUUAAUGUUAAAACUUACACAACAGAUGGAGUUUUAGAUAAAAUAAAGAAAGAUAGAGGUUACACAUAUGAAGAUGAAAUAGCUUGCUCAAAGGAGUGCCUCCCAAAUUAUGAGGAGAAAAUUAAAUCCUUUUAUGAAGAACAUCUUCACACAGAUGAAGAAAUAAGGCUUGUUCUCGAAGGUUCUGGAUAUUUUGAUGUAAGAGAUGGCAAAGAUGAAUGGAUCAGAAUAGCUGUGUCCGCAGGUGACAUGAUUGUCAUACCAAGUGGCAUUUACCAUCGUUUUACUCUUGACGCGAAUAAUUUUAUUCGUGCUAAACGAUUCUUCAUCGGUGAACCAGUCUGGCUUCCAUAUAAUCGUCCUGCGGACAACUUACCAUGCAGAAAGGAAUAUGUAGAAAAACUCGAAAAAGGUUUUGUAGCUGCGUGCUAGAACAUCGCCUCGUUAUUUCACUAAAAGAAAGAUUUGCAUUAUUUUUAGAUUAAGAUAAGCCUUUAGUAUAAUAUAAUGGUGUGUGUAUAAUCACGAUUUUCUAAGGUGAUAUGGAUAAUAAAAUUGUCCUAAUUGGUUACUAAUAUUAAUACAUAGUAACAUAAUUUUCCACUCAUAGGUAUAUGUAUAUAUUUUGUAAAUUUUACUACUGUAAAUUGUUAUCAUAUGAAAUUAUUGAUUUUAAUAAAAUAAAUUGUUGAAU